AUGAAACCGAUUGACCUCUACGUCAUACCGCCCAGUCCGCCGUGUCGGGCGGUGAUCAUCGCCGCCAAGUACAUGCAGAUCAAUGUCAACCUCAUUUACGUUGACCUGAUGAAAGGUGAACAGAAGCAAGAUUGGUUCGUAAAGAUGAACCCGCAGCACUGUCUGCCCACCAUCAACGACAAUGGAUUUGUGCUCUGGGAAAGUCGGUCAAUAAUGACGUACAUGGCGAACCAGUACGCCCCCUCCAGUCCCAUUUACCCCAGAGAGGCAGCCAGUCGUGCCCUCGUCGACCGAAUGCUCCAAUUUGACCUGAACGUANCACCAUCAACGACAAUGGAUUUGUGCUCUGGGAAAGUCGGUCAAUAA